UAGAGAACGAUGGGUGCGCGUUGCUGGUAUUUGUUGUCAUUGGCGUUGGUCGCCGCCACCGGUACGGUGCAUUCCCAAGAGACUCCCACGACUGACAAGGAAUGGUGGGAAACGGCUUUGUUUUAUCAAAUUUAUCCACGAUCGUUCUACGAUACGAACGAUGACGGUGUUGGAGACAUUCGCGGUGUAACGGCGAAGCUGCAGUACCUGAAGGAUACGGGCAUCGAUGCGACGUGGUUGAGCCCUAUCUUUAGCUCACCGCAGGAAGAUUUCGGAUACGAUGUCUCAGACUUUAAGCAGGUUGAUCCACUGUUCGGUACGAAUGCCGAUCUCGAGCAAUUGUUUACCGAAGCGAACAAGCUGGGGCUAAAGAUUGUACUGGACUUCGUACCGAACCAUACGAGCAACCAGCACCAGUGGUUCAUCGAUUCGGAGAAAGGCGUUGCCCCGUACAAAGACUACUACGUGUGGCGCCCGGCAAAGAUGGUGAAUGGUCAGCGCACUCCACCGAACAAUUGGCAAUCGGUAUUUUACGGGUCUGCCUGGGAGUGGAGCGAACUACGCGGUGAGUAUUAUCUGCACCAGUUCGCUAAGGGACAACCGGAUCUGAACUACCGCAAUCCGGCCGUUAUUGCCGAGUUUGAUGGUGUGCUGCAGUACUGGAUGGAACGUGGUGCGGCCGGGUUCCGCGUCGAUGCCAUCAACCACAUGUUCGAGCAUCCGGACUUUAUCGACGAGCCCAUUAACAUUCCGGACGAUCCGAACAGCUACGGGUACACGCAUCAUAUUUACACGAAAGAUCUCCCGGAAACGUACGACGUGAUCGCCCACUGGCGCACGGUGCUGGAUGAUUUUGCGCGCCAAAAGGGAAGCGAUACUGUCAUUAUGAUGACGGAAGCGUAUGCGAACCUUACGAUGACCCUACGAUACUACGAGUCGGACGAUGGUAGGACGCAGCGGGCUCACUUCCCAUUUAACUUUGUCAUGAUCGAGGAGCUAGGUUCAUGGUCAACGGCGAAAGACUUCAAGCGCGUUAUCGACCGUUGGCUGGAGAACUUGCCGCGUGGCAAAACUACCAACUGGGUGCUGGGCAAUCAUGAUAAGCCUCGUGUUGCAAGCCGGUACGGUGAGGAGCGCACGGAUGGGAUGCAGCUGAUGGUGCUGAUGCUGCCUGGUGUGGCCGUUACGUACAAUGGCGAUGAGCUGGGCAUGAUCGACCAUCGGGACAUCUCGUACGAGGAUACGCUCGAUCCGCAGGGCUGUAAUCUUGGUCCAGAUCGGUACAGGGAUGCUUCGCGUGACCCACAGCGUGUACCGUUCCAGUGGGACGAUACGUACAAUGCAGGGUUCUCGAAAGCACCCCGUACCUGGCUCCCGGUACAUCCGUACUAUCGCCAAAGGAAUCUGCUGAAGCAACAGGAAGCCGACUAUAGCCAUUACAAGUUCUAUCUGGAUGCGGUGGCAAUGCGUAAGCAUCGUAUCUUCACACACGGUCACUUCAAAUCACACGCAUUCGGUGACGGUGUGUUUGCGUUUGUGCGCUAUCUACGCGAGAACGAAGACCGGAUGGACGAUCCCUACCGGGUGGUGUUGAUCAAUUUCUGGGGCGAGCGAACGACGAUCGAUCUAAACGAUUUGUAUGAAAUACGCAACCGUACGCAGGUGUAUCUGGUGGGUACGGAAUCUAGACAUAAGGUCGGCCAUCUGCUGGACGCCAAGGAAGUCACACUCGGACCGUGGGACGCGCUCGUGCUGGGACCAGUGUCGGGCGGUGUACGGUUUGUACUGUCUUUCGGAUUACUCAUCGCUGCGUUGAUAAGAUCCUUCCUUUUCUAGACAUUCUAUCAGUUUGCUUUGGUUGUUUGCCACCCAUUAGGAUGGCAGUAAUAAUAAAUACCCUUAC